CCUGUGAUGAUUCAAGUGUGACUUCUUACCCAGGAGUGAGACAGUGGGGAAGUGACCAAGGAGGACCAGCCGCAGCACCAUGACCAAGUAUGGGGCACUGUCCCUCUCUGGCCCAGCCAGCUCCUGGCGGAGUGGAGCUCUCAUGCUGUUUCUCUUCCUCUCCUUGGAUCAGACCUCAGCGUCAUAUACCGCCAAGAUCAAACAAAAAGUGGGAGAGUGUCCUAGGAAGCGGGUGGACUGCAGAAACGGGAUUUUGAGCUCGUGCAAAACAGACUUCAACUGUGAGGCGCAUUUCAAGUGUUGUCACUUUGCCUGCGGGAGACUGUGCAUGGACCCUUAUGAAGAACCCUGCCUGUUACCCUCGGACGCAGGAAACUGCAAAGACACCUUGACGCACUGGUAUUUUGACUCCCAGAGGCAUAAGUGCAGAGCCUUUACAUACAGUGGAUGCGGUGGGAACUCAAACAACUUCCUCAGCAAAGCGGACUGUCGGAACGCUUGCAUGUUUUUUGUGAAGAAAGGACAAUGCCCACUGUUCCCUUUCCAAAUGCGGAUGGAGUGCCCAGCCUCCUGUAAGAACGACAUGGAUUGCCCAGAAAAGGAGAAGUGCUGCGAAUCCAGGUGUGGCUUCAUCUGUGCCAGAGCCUGGCUAGUCAAAACAGGUUUCUGCCCUCGGAAGCCCAUGGUGUGUUCUAAGAUCGAUAAGCCCAAGUGCCUAUGGGACAGUGACUGUCCCCUGGACGAGAAGUGCUGCACGCGCUGUGGACUGAAGUGCUUGGAACCCAGGCACUGA